UGGGAAAUUGUGUUUACAUUUAGCAGACAACAAUUGUGGGAGUUUCGAUGUAACAAUUUUGUUUGAAAUCAUAUAUUUCAUUGUAGUUCAGUCAUUUACUUCAAUAAAUUACCUGAUGCAAAGAUGUCAAAAAAAUGGAAUUGUAUCGUCAUUACAUGUCCUACUCUAUCCUCAGUAAAAUCAACUGAAAAAGAGAUUACAUUUCUGAAACAGAAACAUAGAAUUGCUGAAUCCAUAUGUGUUUUGACCAUUGAAGAUCCUGCUAAAAACAUAGGUAGCGGGGCAGCUACUCUAAAUGCAUUGCUGGUUGCUACAGAAUAUCUGAGUGCUAAACAGAACUAUACAGUGAUCUCAUCAGAUGUUUUGCUUGAUGCUCACAUAUUAAUUUUGCAUAAUGGUAGAGAAAAUUUAUGGAGCUGUUCUGAAAAAGCAUUUAUACCUUUGCCUAUUGAAUACUCUUCUAAAUACUCUAAUGAAAGGUUCUAUGCUAAUGGAAUACAGAGUAAUUUAGAUGCUGCCAUUCUGUUCAUUGAAGAGUUAGCUAUUUCUUGUCCCCCUGGUGUUUGGGUUUGCAGUUCAGAUAUGAUGCUACUUUGCCACCAAAAGUUCAUAAAUUCUUGGGAAAAUGUUGGUGAUGUUGUUAUGUUUUGUGUUCCAUCUGAAAUAAGUUAUGCGACUGGACAUGGAGCUGUGUUAAUUGAUGA